CAGAUCUCACUCUACUCAGUCAGUAGCGACUCAGCAGAGGCACGAGGGGAACGUUUGUGGACACUUGACAGCUUUUCAGAGACUGCUAUGACAUCUCGCAGGUGGUUCCACCCCAACAUCACCGGAAUCGAGGCAGAGCAGCUCCUGUUGACCCGGGGUGUCCACGGCAGUUUCCUGGCCCGGCCCAGCAAGAGCAAUCCAGGGGAUUUCACCCUCUCUGUCAGGCGUAACGAUGAGGUGACCCACAUUAAGAUCCAGAACUCAGGCGACUACUACGACCUGUACGGAGGCGAGAAGUUCGCCACACUGGCCGAGCUGGUGCAGUAUUACACCGAACAACAGGAUCUCCUGCGCGAGAGGAACGGCCAUGUUAUCGAGCUCAAGUACCCACUCAACUGCAAGGACCCCACAUCUGAGAGAUGGUACCAUGGGCACCUCUCCGGGCGAGAUGCAGAGAAGCUGCUCACAGACAAAGGCAAGGCCGGCAGCUUCCUGGUUCGGGAGAGCCAGAGUAAACCGGGCGACUUCGUCCUCUCAGUUCUCACCAAUGAGGAGAAACAUGAGAACGUGGACCGAAAGACCAAAGUCACCCACGUUAUGAUACGCUACCAGCAGGACGGUAAAUAUGACGUGGGCGGUGGUGAGAGGUUCGACACCCUGGCUGACCUGGUGGAUCACUACAAGAAGAACCCCAUGGUAGAGAAGAGCGGCAUCGUAGUGCACCUCAAACAGCCCUUUAACGCCACAAGGAUAAAUGCAGCCAACAUUGAGAACCGGGUACGAGAGCUCAACAAAGUAGCAGACAACUCUGAGAAACCCAAACAAGGAUUCUGGGAAGAAUUUGAGGUACUUCAGCAGCAGGAGUGCAAACUGCUGUAUCCCCGGAAAGAAGGCCAGAAGCCCGAAAACAAGAGUAAAAACAGAUACAAGAAUAUCCUCCCCUUUGACACUACUCGGGUUGAAAUUACUGAAGCAGAUCCAGACAUUCCUGGUUCAGACUACAUCAAUGCCAACUACAUCAGAGUGAGUCUGCUCAGCAAUACACAAAGUAUGCAUGAAGAGGGGCGCCAUGUGGACGAGGGCAAAGUCUUCAUCGCCACCCAAGGGUGCCUACAGAAUACGGUCAUUGACUUCUGGAAAAUGGUGUAUCAGGAGAAUACACACGUCAUCGUCAUGACCACGAAGGAGAUGGAGCGAGGACGGAACAAAUGUGUCCGUUACUGGCCCGACCCUCACACCACCAAGGAGUUUGGGAAGGUGCAGGUGAGGAAUGUCGAGGAGCAUUCAGCACAGGACUACAUCCUGAGGAAGCUGGAGGUGACCCGUCUGGACCGGAAGGAGCUUCCGAGGUACAUCUGGCACUACCAGUAUCUAAGUUGGCCGGAUCACGGGGUGCCCAAUGAGCCCGGCGGUGUCCUCUGGUUUCUAGAGGAGGUCAACCGCACCCAGAGCACCAUUCCAGACACUGGACCCAUUGUUGUCCACUGCAGUGCCGGCAUCGGGAGGACAGGCACCAUUAUCGUCAUCGACAUCCUCAUUGAUAUUAUUAACCGCCAAGGACUGGACUGUGACAUUGACAUCCCUAAGACCAUCCAGAGGGUACGGCAGCAGAGGUCAGGGAUGGUACAGACAGAGGCCCAGUAUAAGUUCAUCUACAUGGCUGUGCAGCAGUACAUAGACACAGCUCAGAAGAGACUGGAGGAGGAGCAGAGGAAUAAGAUGAAGGAGAGGGAGUACUCCAAUAUCAAAUAUCCUCAGAUGACCAACUCCAGGUCCAAACCUAAUAUGGCAUCCUCGCGCUCUUCUUCUGUGAUGACAAACGACGAUUCUUCGAGUGUGUACGAGAACAUAAACUUUAAAAGCCCACAGACGUCUUUUAGCAGUAACACCAGGAGGUAAAACCAUCGCUGUGGACCUCCACAUCUCUCUGUCUGCCUCUCUUUUCAGAGGUGUCGCUUCAUCAGCGCCUGAAUCCCUCGGGGGAGGAGGGACUGUGGUGCUCUGACUACACCCCACAAUGGUGCACCCUGCCUGGGCUGAAGGUGGUGAGCUGACCCCUCUUCUGCUGCUGGACCUCUCUGUCUGGAGUCAAACCUCACCCUCCGUAGAGAGGAGGACUCUACAGCAUAAUGCCCACACUCAGGGCCCCUGUCCUCCCCCCUCUCUCCCCCCCCGCUCUGCUUCAGCCUCCAAAGCCUUUCCCUCUCUUAACCAGCGAAAGUGCCUUGUCACAGGAUGUGUCUGUAAUCUAGCUGUUACAUCUCUGCUGUUACUUCUUUCCAAACUCUGGAAACCCAAGGUGACAUGAGAAACAACCAUUUUUUCCUUGGUGUGACGGAUACUAAACGUGGAGUCUGCCCUGGGCCUGAACUGAACAAAGCUGUACGACGGGACCCGAGAAGAGGUCAAAGCUAAGCUGUUUGUCCGCUCGUUGCCAGAAAUCACUCUGUUUGCUAUCCCUCCAUCUCUGUCUUUGCUGGCUGUCAUUUGAAUUCGAACCUAAGACUGUUUUUGUGCUGCGUUCUGUCUCUCCAGCUGUCUUGGUUAUUAAUGUGGCCGUUGAGUGAUAGCAGGGGCAGUUACGUAACCCGCUGCAGGACCCUGAGGCACAGGGGGGGCAAGCAAACCCAUGCAAUUUUCAAAAAAUGUUGUCAUUUUAAUUUUGGGUGUAAAAGUGAACUCUAUUAUUAUUAUUUUUUUGAGGAUGUGACUGAUUUUCAAAGUGUUUUUUGUGAAAGAGUUGUGUAUGUAAUCUCCUGUGCUGUUGCAAAUGCAAAUCAGCUGUUUUGUGGUUGUUUAACAGAAUUGGAGGCCAUCUUUACUUUAUAUGGUUACUGGGACAUACACAUCAGUCCUGUCUGUCAUCUGAAGGUGACCUCCAGUUGUCCCACUUUGAGUACAAACUCAAUCAUGAACAUGAAAAAAACGUUUUGUCUGUUCUUAUAAUCAGUUUCUUCUCAUUAUUUCUUAGUGUUUUGUUGAUACUGUUGGUGUCAUGGUUGUGUAACAUGUAAGAUGUUGAUUUUUUUUUUUUUUAAUACAUAUUUAUACAGGUGCGUUGUGGUGGAAGAGGUCAUGUUUAAGCACAAUUGUCUAAGCAGCAUCCCCAGCACUAACUUUGAUUUAGAUGAGAAUAGUAGACUGAAGUUCAUAUUUGAUGGGGGAAUGGGUGAAGAGGAUUCCUGAAUGAGUGGUUUGGAGUUGAGCUCGGUCUCACGGCUUUGUUUGACUGGCUGCCCUCGUUAAUCAGCAGGUCUGAUGCGGUUCAACAUCUGUCGGAGGAGAUUGUCACAAGGAGACAAGGGAAAGGGGGUGAUUACAGUGGGCCAGAUGGCCAUCUGCCUGAGAUUGAAGAAUAGAUUUGUCUCCAAAAAGUAAUUUAGAAGAUGGCCAUAAUCCAGGCUUGAUGAUAGCGGGGCGAGUAAGCCGACGUCAUUGAUGUGAUAAGGAUGGCGGCGGAGCCACCGAGCACUGAGCCCUCCGCGCUGUCUGCCAGAUUGUCCACUAUUUUUAGCCUCCAGGAUCAGCACCAAAAUAUCCCACUCAAAUACUAGUGCAGAUAUGUUGGUGAAAUUUGACCUGGCUUGUUUAAAAUGUAAUUACCUAAUGUUCCUGAAGAGCUUUAAAAACAAUGUUGUCUCUCGCAGUAGGAAGUUGUCAUGAUCUUUUCUUUUUUUUUUUUUUCAUUUUGAAGCAUCAAAAUGAACCAUGAAUGAGCAGCAGCAGUUGUUGGUGGUGUUUCUGCUCAGAUCAUUCCUCCGUUCUCCACCAACAGACGUGUCCAGCUAACAAGGUCAAGGACACUCACAGACAUGUUUUCUUCAGUCAUAAAUCAGCCAGUUUCUGCUGCAGCACUCAUGGAGAGGCUGCAGAUGGUGAUUCUUAACAAACAUAAUUUGAAUAUAAAGCUAAGUGUAAUCAGUGUAAUACAGUAGUACACAGUCAUUGCGCUGUAAUUUGAUACCGCGGCCCUGUGCAGGAUAUUAAAAUGAUGAUGUAACCUGCAGCAGCCAUAUCAUCCUGUCAGUUGUGUCUUUUAAAGGCGUAUGAGAGCACAGUGUUUUUAUUAAGGCCUCAGUACAUCAGUAGAAGCUUUUUUCACAAAUAUUUAGUGAUUUUUGCCACCUGGCUGUCAGUUUUAAGACUUUUACUGGUAUAAAUUGUUGCCAUGUAUUUUAAUGGUUAAUUCCUCAUGUGAAUAAAAGCUAUAUGUUUAUGAAAUUAAUGGCAUUGAUACCCUGUGUCAGUGAAGGUCUAUGUCUGUUAGAAAUACGUUGCGCCACUUGAUGUACUUCAGUUGAAUUUGAACAUUGAGGAGGUUUGAAUCCCGCCGGUUUCCCUUUUGUCCUUUUCCCACCUGAAAUGUGAUCUUUGUCCUAUGAAUGAUUAAUGACUUUUGUGGUUUUGUUUCUGUGUUCCUGAACUAUCUUGCGCUGUGGAUAAUUUAGAUUUUUAUUGUUUUUCACUUUGCCUCUCUGGGUCAAAUUGUUUAUAAUAUAGUGAAACAUCAAAUACUUGAAAGUGUGAAACUGCUGAAUCUUUGGCCUCAGGCUGUCUGGAUGUCCUUUGGAUGUGGAAGUAUUUUUGGUAGUGCAGUAGAUUUUUGCCAUCAGUGUUGUUGUUUUUUUGUUGUUUUCUUUUUUUUUUUUUUUUUCUUGUUUCAUUUGGUGAUAUGUUUCAAAUUGUAUAUUUCUAAUUGAUUGUUUUGUCCAUUCUUGCAUUUUGUAUUGUGUCUGAAUUAUUAUUAUUAUUAUUAUUGUUAUUAUUAUUGUUAUUAUUAUUAUUAUUGGUGUAAUUUUACCAUCAAUAAGUAAAUUCUGGCUCUGAGUUGAACCAGUGUACAUGGAGGUAUGCAGUGGUAACAUGGUAUUUUCUCUCUGCUUGUCCUCUUUUAUUUACUUGAACAUGAUGUGGAUAUCUUUUUGUUUUGAGUCCUUGUUCCUCUGUUGGUCACAGUAUGCCUGAAGUGAGUCGUAGUAUACUGAGCUCCUAUGUUCAGUGGAGGCUCUUCCGUUUUCUUCUUCUUGCACUGGCUCUGCCUUGACGCCUUCUUGCUGUAUAGGCUACAACUGCUGAUGCAAUGAGCUGCCAGAAAUGGCAUCAAAAUGGUUUAUUAUCAUAUAGUUUAAUAAAAAUCUAUGAUGGCA